CGCGAAGGUUCCAGAGGCUCCGCGUGCGACGGGCGGGCCGUGGUCCGCCUCCGGCUCCGCAAGGGCGCGCUGCUUCCUGCUCCGUCUGCUGCCCGGCUGCCUGACCCGGCACCGCCAUGACUUCAGCUUUGGAAGAGCUACAGAAAGAUCUAGAAGAGGUAAAGGUGUUGCUCGAAAAGUCUACUAGGAAAAGAGUACGUGAUGCCCUCACAGCAGAAAAAGCCAAGAUUGAGACGGAAGUCAGGAACAAGAUGCAGCAGAAGGCGCAGGAGAAAGCAGAGCCCGGGGACAGUGACAAGCCAGCUCCCGUCCCCGCGGGCUACACGGUGAAGAUCAGCAACUACGGAUGGGAUCAGUCAGAGAAGUUUGUGAAAAUCUACAUUACACUAACUGGAGUUCACCAAGUCCCCCUGGAGAACGUACAGGUGCAUUUCACAGAGAGGUCAUUUGAUCUUUUGGUGAAGAAUCUAAAUGGCAAGAGUUACUCCAUGAUUGUGAACAAUCUGUUGAAACCCAUCUCUGUGGAAGGCAGUUCAAAAAAAGUAAAGACGGAUACAGUUUUAAUCUUAUGUAGGAAAAAAGCAGAAAACACACGGUGGGACUAUCUGACGCAGGUGGAAAAAGAAUGCAAGGAGAAGGAGAAGCCCUCCUACGAUGCAGAAGCCGAUCCUAGCGAAGGGCUCAUGAAUGUCCUAAAGAAAAUCUAUGAAGAUGGAGAUGAUGACAUGAAGAGAACUAUUAACAAAGCCUGGGUGGAAUCGAGAGAGAAACAAGCCAAAGGAGACACAGAAUUCUGAGACUUCACAGCUGAGCUGUGGAACUGCUGUGACGAGUAAGGGAAUGUUGGUGAGCUGCAUAUAGAGAUUCGACACAACUGUUUGCACAGCCUUGCAAGUAAAGGCAGUGAAUUCUCCAUUUCCUACUGGAGAGUUUAUUUAAAUAAAAUAUGCUUAUUAAACAUUUCCUGUAAAGAUGGCUUCAUUAGUACCGUGAUUUUUUCAGGAAGGGUUACAUUGCAUUCUCAUGUAAAAUCUAAAACGCCUAAUGAGAAUGCUUUGUUACAUGCAUUUCUGUUAAGAGGUAGAAAACAUUUUGUGACAUCAGCUCUCACCAGUGUCAGAAAAUGCUGAGUAAAACCCGAAUUUGUGCCUGUGCUUACAAGUUGCUGUUGUUGGAUCCUGUCCCCGGCUGAAGGAGGGCCGUGCUGUGUGCCACCACUGGGCACUGCCAGCCCAGCGGACCGCUCCUGUCUGCGUGUGAACACAAUGUGUAUGGAUAUAAAUGUGUUUAUAAGUCUAAACUUCAUGAAGCAAGCAUCUUUGUGUCACUUUAGCCAAAUUCCAUCUAUUCCUGUGUUCAAUAAAAUUAGACUUUUAUUUAA